CACUACUAUAUAACAAAUAAUUUGAGAAAAUGUCAUGUAGAGAUUGGGGCGAACUUGAGCUCAGUUUGAAGCAUUGUAGCUCAGUUGAAGAACUAAAGCAAUGCCUUGAAGAGCUUCAAUCACUAUUCUUUGUCGUUUCUUCAAGUACUUCUAAUCUUACUGAUGCAGAAAAACUUACUAUUUGUCAGUCCACUGGAAUUCAGCAAGAACUGAUAUUUAAUGUGCCCUCUACAGAUCAGCAGUCAAGUUUUGUUAUAAAGUUCUCCCGAUAUCUGAGGAUUCUUUUGGAGGAUGUUGCUAUAAAAUGGCUUUCACAGAUAAGUGAGAAUGAGAAAAAGAAACUUUAUUACUCUAAUUUUAUAUAUGGCCCAGUAUUGGAUUGUUUUCUAACAAUAUUAUCAUCUCUAAAACAAGGUAAACAUUUGAAAGUCAUACAGGCAUGUUAUGAUGUUCUAAAACAAUUUGUUAGUGUUGGAAGAUUGCAACAACUAAUUGUUGAAAAGUCCCUUGCCAGAUCUAAUGUUGAAAUAGAGUCAUUGGCUACUCAUCUCUGCAAUAUUCCUGAAUGUAUUGACAAUAAAAUGAACUUAUUGAACACCCAUGACAUGUUUGAGAAGAGCAAUUAUAUUGUAGUUUUGAUGCAAAAUAUCCUUGGAGCACUGGAGCGAUUACAGCAUCAGUCUUCUGUCAAGUAUGACUUCGUGGGGAAACUUGUUGGCAAAUUAGCAAUUCUUGGAGAUAAGAAUGUGGUUGUGCAGUGCUUGUUAGAGUUUGUGAACAGAGGACAUGAAAACGGAGAGCAAGUCAGUGAAGUUCUGACAUUUGUGUCCUCUCAACAUCUUGAAGCUGUGACAUUACCUUUCUUUACAUGUGAUUAUAUACCGUUUCAUGAUCUGAAACAGUUCAUUGAUAUUGUCUUUGGUCCAAAGAUUGUUCUCAUUGGAAAACUUUGUACUCUUAUUUAUCACAGACUUAUUUUUAUCAAAUAUUUUAAAGAUGUCCGUCCUAAGUAUCUCCUGUUUUAUCCAUUAACUACAAGAGAAGAACGACGGUACUUGCUCACAAAAACUCUCUUUGAGUUGCUGACUGUUUGGGGAAACAAAAGCUCUGUUGAUCUUCAACCUUAUGAGCAUCACUUAGCAAUUUGUGAGUCAAUUAUAAUAUGCUUUUACUACAUGGACAAUGAUGAGAGGGUCGCUAUAAAAGAAAAGAUUAUGUUGUUACUGGCUGCUGGCAUGCCAGUACAUCUAGAUUCCAAUCAUUCUGAUUUCAGAAGAGCUGGAAUGGUUACAGCUGAGAUAUUAACUCAGUUCCUUGGGAUCAACACAGAGGCUCCACUUAAGUUUGAUUAUGAUGAAACUGACGAUACACGGAAAUUGAAAUCUCUCUUAGAAGGAUACACCGAGCAGGACUUCGUAGUGAAGGAACCCCCUGUGCAACUCAUUGUUGAGUCCGACAACAAAGUCCCAGAUAAAUUCGCUGACCUGGACAGUGAUGAUGACGAUGAAGACUUGAAACCGUUCUCUUCAUCAGACAAAAACUUGGCUUCUGUUAAACCUCCAGUUUACUUGAAAGAGUGUAUUGAGAUCUUGACAGAGACUCGGGAGUCAGACAAGGACAUCGAUAAGAUUGCAGUGACUUUGAGGACAUUACCCAAGCUUUUAGAUGAAGCAAAAGGAAAUGCAGAUGAAUUAGCCUUGGAAAUAACCCAGAUUAUUCUCUCCAUGUCGAGUGAGUUUUACAUGGAAGACUUUAAUGAGUUGCGAAAGAAGAUCCUGAUUAAUUGCACUGUAGCUGCUCCUCGUACGGUUGCAGACUACUUGUCCUAUCAAUUCUAUGAAGACAACUAUACUAUUGGACACAGGCUGGACAUUUUAAAUGUCAUCGUUGAGGCAUCCAGGGUACUGAGCAGGAUUGAGGUCAUUCCUCAAGAGGAUGAAAUUGAGAAGUUGAAGAAACUGAACAUGAAGCCUUGGGAAAUCGAAGUUUUGGAAAGACUGAAAAAGAAAACUAAAAGAUUCAACUCUGCCACUAAAAUUCCCAUCGGAAAGGAAAAUAAAUUCAACUCUGUGUGCGGAAAUUUCUUCUAUGCCCUUAUGAAUCAGUACGACAAAGAACUGAGAACUCUAAGUCUUACAGAAGAGGACACAUUAGUUCUGGGUCGUCUUAUCUACACUCUGGGUGUUGUACUACACUGUGCAAGCAACGCUCCUGCUGCCCCCAACAUGGGUAAAACUCUUCUCGACUUUGUCAGAGUCUUUACUGACAUCUAUGUUCUGGACGAGUAUGUUAAACAGGCUAUCUUGUUUUCAACCAGCAUAGUAGCUCAGAUAUCACCAGUAGCGGUAAUGACAGCUGAAAUAUACCCCCAACUAAUGGAUAUCAGGCUGUGGGCUGAGGAGUUGCUGACUGAGUCUAUCUCUGCUGACACCACUGAGCUAGCAGUGUAUGCUCUGGACAUCAUGGACACUGUUAUUGGCAGGGGACUCUUCCCUUCUGAUAUGAAUAGUUUUUCUAAGGAAUAUGCCCCUUUGAGCUUGAAAGACACUGUGAUAAAUACUAAUCCAAAGAUUUCUGAGAUUAGCAGUAGUGAUUUGUGAGAUUAAAUAUUUUCCUGUUUUGAAAAAUGAUGUUUGUUGACGGUACCUAUAAUAUUAAUUUUAACUUAAUCUCUAUACUUUAUUAUAAUAUGCUAUAUUUGAUUUUAUCCCCACAUAA